AUGAGGCCCAUCAAAGUAUUGAGCCGGCACUGAAUACAGGGAUGUGAUCUGCUCGAAGGCGAGUGGGGCAAAGUUGGAAGCAUACUCUUGUGGAAAUUAACUUUUGAUGGAGAGCCGAGAGUGUCGAAGGAUAGGAUCGAGGGGAUUGAUGUGGAGAAUAAUGUGAUCCAGUGGAGGGUGUUAGAGGGACCUCUGAAGAAAGAGUACAAGAGCUUCUUGAAAACGAUGAAAGUGAGCCCUAAGCAAGGAGGGACUGGAAGUGUGGUGAAGUGGAACAUGAAGUAUGAGAGGAUUGAUGAGAAGGUGGUUCACCCAGAGAGGCUGCUCAAGUUCUUUGUUGAAGUGAUUACAGAAGUUGACCAAUACCUCUUGUCUGAGGAUUAGGGGACUCUUUUGCUUGGCUUAUAUAUUUGUGGGAGAGUUAUUGUAUGCAUAACAGUGUAAGGACUCUUCUUGUGUUUUCUUUUAUCUCUUGAGAUUUAGAAGAGAUGUCUGCAAGUGUGCUAUACAUAAUACAUCAUGUCUUCAAGUUGGAAGUUGUAAUAUUUUGAGUAGCUUAUGAAUUCUCGUAUAUGUAUGAUGUGUUUGUUAAUAAAAACAUAUUAUAUUUUAGGGUUUAAAGUUUAAGUUAUUUCAUAUGCGAUCUUGAAUAAAUUUUUCUAAAAAGAUUGAAAGAAAAAAACAAAUGAAAGGGGAGGGAUACAAGUAUUUUCUGCAGAGAGAAGAAAAAAAGAGGACAGAAAGAGAAGAACAUGUGUGGUUGUAGGAUGUGCUUACUUUGGGGUGAGAGUAUUUUGGUCUGUAUAGAUAAAUAUUCUAACCAUUCAAAUCACCUAAUAUAUCUAUGCAGUAUAUUGUUUAAAAUGGUUCGGAACAUUAUAGAUUAUGUUAUUGUAAUUUUUAAUGACAUUUUCCGAGAGAUAUCACUUUGGCAACACGUUAGCAAAGCAAACCAUGUGGUUAUUUAUAAACUUAACGCUAGUUUCUAAAAAUGUUGUGUAACACCCAGGAAUAUGGUUGUGCAUGCGGAGAGGUUUAAAACAAUUGAUUUGGCCACCUAUGUCACCAAAGUGCACUUAUCUUUUCAGU